UGACAGCUGUCACAUCACAGGCUUCAAUCAAUUAUUUGCAAAAAGAAAAAACUAAUCCAGACAAAAUUGUUUGUUUUAAUUUAUGUCAAAAAUGAAUAGUUAUUCAUUUCUAUUCCUUGUUCAAUUGGUAACUUUCUAAAUAGAUAUAACAUCGGUGUAUAAACAUACAAUAUCGUUUUUUCGGCUGGAGGUGGCGGGCGCCGCUAUUCGCCGCAUUGAUGUUAUAGGUUAUACGUAAUAGCAAAAGCUCAAUUAUUGAGUCUAACCUGAAACCUCUUAUCUGACAUUUUGUUUAUUGAGAAUAACAAAAUGGGUCCUCGCGGGUUUUUUAAAAUAUACCAAGAUUUACUGGUUAGAAGGCCAUAUUUCGUUCAAGCAGUACAAACUGGUGUGCUGAUGGCAGCAGGUGAUGUAAUUUCCCAGAGUGCAGUUGAAAAAACACCAUUAACUUCUAUAGAUGUCGCAAGGACUCUUCGAUUUUCAUCAAUAGGCUUUUUUGUGGUUGGUCCAGUAAUGCGUUUCUGGUAUGGAAUAUUAGCCAAACACAUAGGCAGGACUGGCAAAACUGUAGCUCUUAAAAAAGUCUUUUUUGAUCAGGUUUUCUUUGCACCUUGCAUAUUAUGUGUAAUUCUUAUUGCAAUAGCAGUUUUAAAAGGCAAAAAUGUUGAAGCAGUAAAAGAAGAAUUAAAACUUAAUUAUUUGGAUGUAUUGAUAACAAGUUAUACCAUUUGGCCAUUUGUACAGAUAUUCAACUUUUACUUUGUUCCCCUUCAUUACCAAGUUUUAUUAGUUCAAACAGUUGCUUUGUUCUGGAAUACUUAUUUGUCCUGGAAAACACAAAGGAAAAGGAUGCUUGAGAAAAUUAAGAAAUUGGAAUAAGGGGCUCAUCAUCAUCAACAUAAAAUGACAGAUCUGUGUAAACUUGGUUUAAAUAACUUCUAUACAUGGUAAAAAUAAGUAGAACCAUGAAAUUAAUUAAUCAGAUCCCUUGAUAAAUGUGCACAAGGGUUAUGUAGUAUCAUGUAGAAUUCCACCAAGUGGAAACAAAAAAUGAUGUUUUUGUAGUGAUAGUGAAAAGAAUAUUAAUUUUGUGAACAAAAUACCAAAUAACUAGCCUAACAUUGCAAGUAGAGAAAUUCAACAUCAAAAGCAUGAAAAUAUUCGAAUUCAGGGUAUUUUUACGGGUCAUAAACAUAAGUAAAAGUAAUUUAAACUCUUAAUUAACAAAAAAAAGGAAAACAUCUAAUUUAUUGCAUACAGUAUGUAUAACUUCGUUGACAUUUGCGAAUAUCAUAAGAAAUUUUACUUACAAAUAUAUAGAAAUAGUUGUGUGAAGCUUUAGAGAUAUAAGUUUAUAAUUACUACUCUUUGUCUUGGCUUUUUGUACUUUUUUCUGUCAUUCAUGAAGUCUAUACACCUACAUUGGAUGCAAGAUAGUGAUACGCUAGUAAUGUGUUUUAAAUAAAAAAACACUGCCUUGUUGGCCUCUGAUUGAUUGUGUGGGCAGUAAUCCCCCAAAAAUUUGCAACACAGUAACUGUAUAGUAUUGGGGGAAAAUAAUGUCAACCUUUCAUUAAAAGUAGAAACAAAAAGUCUGCUUGCAAUAAAAAUGUACUAUCAAUCUACUUCAUCAAGUUGGUGGCCAGGUCAAAAAACGAAGAUUAAAAGGAAUAUGGAAGACCCUGCCCCGAAAUAUAUCAGAAAGGAAAUAACUUGAAACACCAGUAAUUUUUAAACGAAAAAGAUAACAAGACAACCGAAGAUGGAUCUAGUAAGUUAAAUAUCUGCACACUAGAUGUCAUCAGAGGUACUCUGCCUUAUUUGUCAAAAUCCGACAGAAUCACAAGUUAGAAGUGAAUUGAAAACCACAAAACGAAGAAAUAAGUUGUCACUACAGAAUUUGAGAAGCAAACAAACAACUAACUUUGUAAACCCGAGUACACAGCAAUGUAAAAUGUCUCCAUCAAUAGAAUCUCCAGCUUUCACAAGUCAAAUAUAUUAGUAUGCUUUA